AUGGGUGACCCAGGCAUGACCAACCCCAAGCUGAAGACCCAGCUAUGGGAGUAUGGCCGUCGAAGGAGGACAGAUGGUCCUUAUGCGGACAACUUGGAAGUCGAUGCCCUUGUCGUCGGUGGCGGCUUCGGUGGAGUCUUCUGCUUCUGGUCCCUUCGUAAAGAAGGCCUGAAGACUGUUAUCUACGAGGCCGGCACCGACCUCGGUGGCACUUGGCGAUGGAACUGCUACCCCGGGGCAAUGGUCGACUCUGAAGUUCCUGAGUACCAGUUGUCGAUUCCGGAAACAUGGAAAACGUAUAACUGGCCGUCCAACUAUCCUACAUAUAAGGAACUUCGUGAUUACUUCGAUCACUGUGACAAGGUCCUUGACAUCAAGAGUCAUACUGCCUUCGAAAGCGUUGUUGUCGAAGCCCAGUUCAACACAGACGAAGGGCGUUGGUAUGUGAAGACAGCAGAUGGCCGAACAGCCAAAGCCAAGUACCUCGUCGUCGCAGCUGGAUUUGCAGCUAAGCGAUACGUCCCUGACUGGCCUGGUAUCGAGAAGUUCAAGGGAAUUGUUCAUCACUCGUCCUUCUGGCCCGACGAGGAGAUCAGCGUCAAGGGCAAGAAGUGUGCUAUCAUCGGCACUGGUGCCUCUGGCGUCCAAAUCACUCAAGCAUGGGGUCCGACGGCAGGUGAACUUAAGGUCUUUCAAAGAACACCAAACUUGACGGUGCCUAUGCGCCUCCGUGCCCUCACAGCCGAGGAGCAAUGGGCUGGCAAGAAGUGGUACCCGGAGCUUUUCGACCUUCGUGAACGGUGCUUCGGCGGCUUCCUAUAUGACUUUUCCGAGAAAGGAUUGUUCGAAGAUACACCCGAAGAACGUGAAAGGUUCUUUGAGAAGCUCUGGUCUGAUGGAGGCUUCCGCUACUGGCUGGGGAAUUACAAGGACUACCUCUUUGACCCCAAGGCCAACCGCAUGGUGUACGACUUCUGGGCCAAGAAGCAACGCAGUCGACUAAAUGACCCAAAGAAACGGGACAUUCUCACCCCCGUUGAGCCCCCACAUCCAUGGGGAGUGAAGCGCCCAUGUCUGGAGUACGCAUACCUCGAGCAAUUCAACCGCCCCAACGUCGAUGUCGUCAACAUCAAGAACAACCCCAUCACUGCGUUUGAUGAAAAGGGGAUUGUCCUCCAAGACGGUACCCAUCACGAUUUCGAUAUCAUCUGCAUCGCCACUGGUUUCGAUAUCACCACCGGCGGCAUGACAGCUAUGGGCCUGCACAACAUCAACGGCAAGACACUUGACCAGGAGUGGAAGAAAGCCGCCGUUACAUACCUUGGAACGACCGUCCCCGGAUACCCUAACAUGUUCCAUCUCUACGGCCCACACGGUCCCACACUCUUGUCCAACGGUCCAACGUCAGUUGAGAUUCAGGGCAGGUGGAUCACCGACGCCAUCAAGCAGAUGGAACGCCAGGGCAUCAAAUACAUCAACCCAACCGACGUGGCCAGCAUGGGAUGGAAGCAGAAGAUCAACGAGCUGAGCGACAAGUCGCUGUUCCCGACCACCAAGAGCACGUACAUGGGUGGCAGCAUGCCAGGUAAAGCAUUUGAGCAGGUCAACUAUGCGGGUGGUAUGUACAACUAUCACCACGAAAUCAGGAAGGUUCUGCCCAACUUUGAAGGAUUCCACGUGGUGAAGAGAUAG